AUGCACGGAGCAGCUAAGAGAUCCUGCUCCCCCAAUUACCGGCUACGAGAGGUUCUUUCUGUCUACUUUACCAUGCUGGCUCUGAUCGUCGUGAUUCUGGUGGUCUCCUUUCAUGGAGCGAGCCCUCGUGAGGAGGACUUCCCAUACCACAUUCUUCUUGAUCCCGAGGGCAAACUGGAACUGUCCUGGAAUGUCAGCUACCCCAAACAAGAAGUCUGCUUCCAGCUUCUGGUCAAGGAGAUGCACUUUGGGUUGGUGUUUGGAAUGUCAGACCGGGGUGACUUUGAGAAUGCCGACCUUGUCGUCUUGUGGAGCGAUGGAUACAAGUCCUAUUUCGGGGAUGCCUGGAGUGAUGGCUAUGGACAUGUUCAACCUGACCGUCAACAGGACUAUCAAUUACUAGAGGCUCAUAAGUCUUCUGAGGGCUUCUAUUUAACAUUCAAAAGGCCAUUUAACACUUGUGAUGUCCAUGACUAUCAGAUUGAGGAUGGAACAGUUCAUCUUAUUUAUGGUAUCCUAGCCAAGCCAGUUAAAUCUCUGAUGAUGCUGAACCUCUCCUUGAGCGGCACUGGGAUCCAAAGGGUACAACUGCUGAAACCCAACAUCUCCGUCCCCAAGUUGCCUUAUAAUGUGAUGACCAUGGAAGUGCGUUCUCCAAGUGUCACUAUUCCUGGCCAGGAAACCACCUAUUGGUGCUACAUUACAGAACUUCCAAAGAACAUGCCCAAGCACCAUAUCGUCAUGUAUGAAGCAGUAAUCACUCCUGGAAAUGAGGCCCUUGUUCACCACAUGGAGGUGUUUCAGUGUGCUCCACAAUUUGAUUCGAUGCCCCACUACAACGGGCCCUGUGACUCCAAGAUGAAACCCCAGCGUCUCAAUUACUGCCGGCAUGUGCUCGCUGCAUGGGCAAUGGGUGCCAAGGCCUUUUACUAUCCAGAGGAGGCCGGCUUAGCAUUUGGAGGACCUUCUUCUUCCAGGUUUUUGCGUCUGGAAGUCCACUACCACAACCCUCUUCUGAUAAAAGACCGUGUGGACUCCUCAGGAAUUCGCCUGUAUUACACUUCACACCUUCGAAAGUACGAUGGAGGAAUAAUGGAGCUUGGUUUAGUGUAUACACCUGUAAUGGCCAUCCCACCUCAAGAGGAGAACUUCGAGCUGACCGGAUACUGCACAGCCAAAUGCACAGAAACGGCUCUACCUCAAGGAGGAAUGCAUAUUUUUGCAUCCCAGUUGCACACACAUCUUACUGGCAUCGCUGUCAGAACGGUGAUUGUUCGAGAAAAUCAAGAAGUGGAGAUUAUCAAUGUUGACAAUCACUUCAGCGCUCACUUCCAGGAAAUUCGAAUGUUGAACAAAGUGGUCACCGUGUUACCAGGAGAUACUAUCUUAACAACUUGUAAAUACAACACAAUGGACAGAGAAAAAGCUACUGUGGGAGGGUUUGGCAUCAUGGAGGAGAUGUGCGUAAACUAUGUCCAUUACUACCCUCACACCGAGUUAGAGCUGUGCAAGAGUGCUGUGGACAAUGGCUACCUGCAGAAGUAUUUUGCCUUCAUCAACAGGCUCCAUGAUGAUGAGAUGUGUCACUGUCCUCGGGCUUCAGUCACUGAGCAGUUUGCGGCCGUAUCUUGGGACUCCUUCAGCAAACAGGUGCUGCGGGCGCUAUAUGACACGGCUCCCAUCUCCAUGCACUGCAAUCAGUCUUCUGCCAUCAGGUUCCCGGGAGACUGGGAACGGCAACACUUACCUCAAGUCACCUCCGCCCUACUCAAGGAUCAAAAGAAAUGUAAGACGAUUAUGGAGCCUGAAAACCAAUCAGCCUCCGCGUUGGAACUGCAGACGCAUUUUGUGCCCCGAUUCACUGAGAAGGACACGUGA